UGUAUGGACAUGUGGCUACGCACCUUAAUGGAUGAAAGCUACUCAGUUAUACAAAUGACCAUGUUUGGAAGGAGAAAGAGGCAAUUUUACAUCUUCAUAUUUUUAUUGUUUGUAUCAGUUGUAUAUCUCAAGAAUGGAGGUUUAGAAAAUAUCAAAGAAAUACUCAGCAUUGUAGGAAGAAUGCGAAUCAGACUAAAACAUAAAGUUCCAAUAAAUAAUGUUUACUUUAUGAAGACGCACAAAACAGGAAGCUCUACUAUACAAGGAAUUUUGUUUAAAUAUGGAGACACGCAUGACCUUACAUUUGCUUUGCCAACAAAAGGACAUCAGUUUUUCUGGCCACAAACAUUCAAGAAGGAAUUCGUUAUGCCUCUUCUUGAGAGGGAUGGAGAAUAUAACAUAAUGUGUAGUCAUAUGAGAUAUCAUGAAUCAGUUCAUAGCAUCAUGCCUAAAAACACAAUCUCAGUGACAAUAUUACGUGAUCCGCAAUACCAAUUUCAAUCUGCUUUUGAAUAUUAUGAUUUUGGUGGAAAGGAAUGUUACAACAUACAGACUACAAAUCCUCUUAAAACAUUUGCUGAAAAUCCUUAUAAGUAUCAGCCAAGAUUAUGUAGGAUCGCUACUCAAAGUCCCAUGAUGUACGACUUUGGAUUGGAUCUGGAACAGAUGCCACAUCAGGAUAAAAUUACCGCAAAAAUACAGGAAAUUGAUGACCAUUUCGAUAUUGUAUUAAUCGCCGAUAUGAUGCAUGAAAGCUUGAUACUGCUUCAAGACAUGCUUGGAUGGGACAUCACAGAUUUGGUUUACUUCGUUAAAGCUGCAAGACUUGACACUGAUAAACGCCUAACUGAUACACUACAUUUGUAUAACAUCAGGGACUGGAACUUUGCAGAUGUUAAGCUCUACGAUUACUUCUUGGAUCAGUUCCAUUAUAAAGUACAUAACUAUGGAAAGCGACGUAUGAUAAAACAAGCACACAAACUUGAACAUCUAUUAAAGGCUUGGGACAAUGAAUGUGUGGAAAGUGUAGGUAUUGGCGAUGACUUACAAAACGAGGAUAUGCAUGUACAGUUCCGACCUGACCUUGUAUAUGGAUACAAUUUAAAGCCUUCAAAAAGUGAUAACCAAUCAUGCAUUCAAUUAGCAACACCUGAAGUGUCAUUUACUAAAAGAUUAAAGGAAAAGAUGGUUAAAAUGGAACGAAUAAUUCAAAUAGGGUGAUAAACUAAAAGUUCAAUAAAUGUACAAGAGUACAUACAGUAAAAUCUGCAUAUCUGAUUGUCUCUCUUAUAUAAACAUUUCUCAAUGUGAACACUUUAUGUUGGUCCUAAUUUUCACUGAUUCAAGUUUCAUGUCCCAAGAACAUGUUCGAUGUUAUCCUUCCCAGUGAAUAACUUCCAUAUACAUACCCAAUAGUUUUUGCUGCAGCUGCUUGUUGUAUAAACACAGGGAGUGGGGCAUUCAUCUUGGACAUGUCUGCAUCUGGAAAACAAUGUAGUGUACAAGUAGAAUACAAUGUGUACAGUACACCAAAAGUAGAAUGCAAUAUUGGGAGUACAACUACAAAGGACUAGAAUACAUAUGUGAUAAGGACAAUAUGUGGGAAAUACAAAAUAUAUGUGGAAUCAAAUAUGUGUGAAGUAUAAUGACAGUUGAAUACAUUAUGUUUGAAACACGAUAAAUAAAGAGCACAAUGGGCAUAGUACAUAGAGAGACUAUCCUAUUGAGAAUAUUGUGUUUAUCCCAAGGCCAAAACACAAUGUGCAGGUUUUACUGUAAAGUAUUACUUUCAUCAAUGUAUAUCUCAUAUGACUCUUUUGACGGAAAGACAUUUAACUUACUAUUUAAUAUUUCUGGUUUUCUCUGACUGAGUAUAUCUUCCUUGGAUGGUCUCAAUAGCUUUACAAGGCCACUGAGGAGACUCUGCUGGAUGUCAUAGUUCAUCAGAUCUUUCAUUAAUUCAAUUGCUGAAAAUACAUUCAUUUUGAAAAAUGUGAACACUUCAUCUUGGUUCUAAUUUUAUUAACUCUCAUUGACUAAACGUUCAUGUCCCAAGUACAUAUUCCAUUUGGCACAUAAUACUAUACUUUAUCAUUACAUUUCCUCAUAAUAAUAAAAAUGAUAUCCAUCCCAGAGAAUAGAUUCUAAGAAGUGCUCUCUACAUUGUGAUAAGCUCCAGACACAAGCGAUUCAGAGUCUGGUAAAUAAUUGCACCAAGAGUGUCAAACAUAACAUAAUAUUUGGUCUGUUGAUUGGUCAUUGCUAUAGAGCAAAAUGGCAAAACAAGGUUGGGUGUAUUUGGAUAGCUCAAAUGUAACAUGAUACUCACCUUCAAAUUGUACUUCUAGAUGCAAGGUCCUCAGUAAACUGAGCAGGGGCUCUAUUAGAGUAGGGUUUGCUGUUUUCACUAUAGGCUGAAAGACAAUUGGCAUAAUAAAUAAUAUGAACAUGAAUGGCAAAAUUACAAAACAUGG